UUUUGCAGUAGCACAUUUGCAAUGAGAGAGGGAAGAUAUACCUUCCUUGCACAACCUACGAAUAUAGUACCAUAUCCCAAAUAAACUCAUUCUUUUUUCUUCUUCCAUUUUCUAUAUCACAAAAAUGAAAAUGCCUUCUUUUCUAGGUUCUUUACCUCCACGAUCAUUCUUCUUUUGUUUCCUCCUUCUUCCACUUUUGCUUUUGCUAUUGCUCUUAGUAGCACCUUCUUCUUCUUCAUCUUCCUCUAAUUAUGACAAGAAAGUAACCAUGUCAAUCUACUAUGAAAGUCUAUGUCCUUUUUGUGCUGAUUUUAUAGUGAACGAUCUUGUAAGGCUCUUCCAAACUGGUCUCAUUUCCAUUGUGGAUCUUAGAAUGGUUCCUUGGGGAAAUGCUGGGAUUAAACCUGAUGGCACUUUUGAUUGUCAGCAUGGAAAUGAUGAAUGCUAUCUAAACACGAUCGAGGCCUGCGCCAUUAAUAUAUAUCCAGACGUGGCACAGCAUUUCAAAUUUAUACGUUGCUUGGAACGUCUCACCUUAGAGAAUAGACAUAAUGAAUGGUUUAAUUGCUUCCAAAUGACUGGGUUGGGCACAAUGCCUAUUGAUUGCUCCAAAACUGGCAAUGGAAAAUCUAUUGAACAAAAAUAUGCUAAGGAAACUGCUCAACUUAAUCCUCCUCAUAGAUUUGUUCCAUGGGUGGUUGUCAAUAACCAUGCACUUCAAGAGGACUACCAAGAUUUUAUGACAUACAUUUGUAGGGCUUACAAGGGAAAAGUGAAACCAGAUGCUUGUAGAUCCGUUUCAACAAAAACUUACUAUGAUUUAAAUGCAAAAACCAACUCCUUUCAUCCUGUUUGCUAUGUAGAUGAAGCAAAAAAUUUGACCUUACUUACCACUAGUCACCAGAUUAAGGAGUAAAUAAAUCCCUAUCAAAUGAAGUUGGAAAGAAUUUUUGAUCUGUUUAAUUUGGAUGUAUUAGAAGAACUCUCACUUUGUCUAAAGGUUCAAGCUAUUGGCUAAUCUAUAAGUUCGUUUGUGAAUGGAUUGCCUUGGGAAAUGGAAGUGCAAAUGAUCUUAAUUGAACUUUAUUGAUUUAGUCCUCUAUUUAACUCAUUUGUGUGGGUACAGAUAUAAUUUAAGUAAUUAUCAGAAGAAACUUUUUUCAGA